AGUUCUAAGGUCAACUUAUAUGGAUUGCAAGAUCGCUUCAUCAACGGUGCUUAUUCUCUUGAAUUCGUAUAAAAACAAAAUGCCACUGUGUGACAGUGCAGUGUGCUUCAUCCAGUGGAUAAUCUAUGUCCCCACAUUUGUGGUGGGUCUACCUCUCAACAUGGCUGCUCUGUGGCUACUCCUCUUCAGAAUCCGUCGAUGGACUGAGUCCACAGUGUACCUCAACAGUCUGAUCAUCAACGACAGCCUGCUCAUCUUCUCUCUGCCCUUCAAGAUGUACGCCUAUGAACACACCUGGGGCCUGAGCAUGGGCUUCUGCACCUUCCUGGAGAGCCUGGUAUUCGUCAACAUCUACAGCAGCAUCGUACUGAUCGUAUGCAUCUCGGGUGACCGCUAUGUUUCUCUGCGCUUCCCCCUUCAAGCCAAGCGUCUUCGUUCGCCAUACAGCGCCACCUUCCUCUGCCUGGCCGUCUGGGUGACGGUGUUCACUUUGACCAAGCCCGUCUAUGAGCUCCACAACAACAAAAACAAUGCCACCAGACUGCCAAACAAUAACAUCAAAGAAACCAGGAUGUGUUUCCAGAGCUUCUCCAGUGAAACUUGGAAGAAGAAGUGGAUCCUCAUCGUCAUGGAAACCGUGUUUACGGUCAGCAUGGUCGCCAUGCUGUUCUUCUCGGUGUGCGUGAUACAGAUCCUGAAGGACAUGCGGCGACGGAAUCCACGGGACGAGAAGCUGAGGAACAACAAGUCUUUAAAGAUCGUCCUGAGCAACCUGGUGGCCUUCCUGCUAUUCUUCAUCCCCUACCAUGUGGCUGCGCUGGUCUACUUCCUGGCCAAGAACCGCACGGAGGAGCCGGGCAUCAUCGGCCCCCUCAGAGACUUUGUCCACAUCAGUACCUGCGUGAGCAGCAUCAACUGUCUGAUGGAUGGGGUCUGCUACUAUCUCAUCCUGAAGGAGCUGACUGCCAGCCAGGAGAGGAGGAGGCUGUCCGCUAGAGGAAACAUGGUGGGGAGGCCCGGGGAAAUUAACCAGCUACAGCCGAUGGGCAACGUCUAGGCCAAUGACCUUCUGCAGAAACCCAAAGAAACAGGCUCAGACAUCUAAGUCCAUGGAUUCAGAUAAGACUUUCUAGACAUAUCUUGCUUAUCACUUCUUAGGGUGUUCAGAGUGAAGAGCAGGGUGGAGACUCAUUCCUUACAGAUGGAUGGCUAUCACCUCUGACAAACAGGAAACUCAGAUCCCCACAGCAGAGGAGACAAGUCUCACGAAAAACUCUGAAUUAAUGAAUGAAGACGGAAGAAAGAUGUUUUCAAAUGAGUCAUCCAACCUUCAGGUUUAUGUUUCAUUGUAUUCUUAUUUAUUUAUUUAUUUUUUUUAUGUUAAGGGGUGGAUCAGCUUUAAUAUUGCAGGUAGAUUGUUGCUUCCAUCAAUGUAAUUGUCUGCAUCAUAUCCAAUCCCCCAUAUAUUUUUGGGGUAAAUAUAUAUAUCCAUAUACAGUC